AUGGCGGCGGCAGGUCCGAGUACUCGGGCCUCUUCCGCGGCGGCAGCGGCAGCUCUGAAUCGGCGGGGUCGGCGGGGCCGCUGUGACGAGAUGGCGGCAGCCAAGACUGGGACCCCGGGCCCGGCCUCUGGCCCCGCGCUGCUGGUGUUGCCGCCGCCGUUGCUGCAGCCGCCACCACCGCCGCGGUCGGAGGAGUCGGACUGCGCUGGGUGCCUGGAGACCCCGGGGGAAGCGGCGGCCCUGCCGUGCGGCCACUCGCUGUGCCGAGGCUGCGCCCAACGCGCCGCCGACGCGGCGGGCCCGGGUUGCCCGCGCUGCCGCGUCCGCGGCCCGGGCUGGGCCCGCCGUCGGGCCCGCGACAACUGGCAGCCCGACGCGGAGGUGGUGGGCGAGCGCGCCCGCCGCGGCCCACCCGAGCGCUGCCGCCCGCGUCGUGACGGGGGCGCGGCCGCCGCGGGGCCCAGGCCCGAGCAGGAGACGCGCGCCGCGCCCGCGGAGCCAGAGUUUAUAUUCAGAGCACCAAUCAAAUUAAGCAAGCCUGGGGAACUUCGUGAGGAAUAUGAAAGCCUGAGAAAGCUGAGAGAAGAAAAGUUACAAGAGGAGAAAACCUCUGAAGAUCAAAUCCACAGGCUGUUACCAGAGGAUACAGAAAUGGGAAAAAGGAAAAUGGAUGAACAGAAAAAAAGAGAUGAGCCAUUAGUACUGAAGACAAAUCUAGAGCGUUGUCCUGCACGUCUCUCAGAUUCAGAGAAUGAAGAACCUUCUCGAGGCAAGAUGAUACAGACACACCGCUCGGCAUUUGUUUCCAAGAACAACUCCUACUCCUUAUCUUUCCUGGCAGGGAACCUAAAUUCCAAGAUGGAAAGGAGUCAGAGCUGCAGUGACACUGGUCAGGACAGAGUGAAGGGCAGACUGAGAGCAGCCCCGACCAGCAAAGCCAAGGUCACAACCAUGACCCCAGCCUCCAACCCUAUCAUUGGCGUCCUCUUGUCCACCCAAAACAACCGCUGCCUCUCGGCCCCUGACUUAACCAUUGAAAAGCGUCUGCCCUUCAGCUCCCUCUCAUCCUUGGCUUCCUUGCAUAAGCCAGAGCGCUCCAUCAGCCCUGAGAGCAACGACAGCAUCUCUGAAGAACUAAACCAUUUCAAGCCCAUUGUCUGCUCACCGUGUACUCCUCCCAAGAGACUCCCUGAUGGCCGUGUACUGAGUCCCCUCAUCAUCAAAUCAACACCCCGCAACCUAAACAGAAGCCUGCAGAAGCAGACUUCUUAUGAGGCCAGUCCACGGAUCCUCAAAAAGUGGGAACAGAUCUUUCAGGAGCGACAGAUCAAAAAGACCCUUUCGAAAGCCACCCUCACCUCCCUGGCUCCAGAAACAGGGGAAGACUUACUUGUCACUGAAGUUACCCAUUCUAGCAAGGAGAAGCCACUUCUGGCUUUAAAUACAAGACUGUCCAGUGGGCAAGUACUCUCUGACUAUACAGGACCUACCCCCACUGACCUUGAUUAUUUCCCCUCUGUUAGCCAGACAAAAGCAGAACAGGGCGGUGACAGUAAAAGGAGCACUGAGAUCCCAUUAGAAACCUGCUGUUCUUCAGAACUCAAAGUGGGAGCCAGUGGGACUUCUUUGGAGAGAGAGCAGUUUGAAGGGUCGGGGUCAUCCCCAGAUGCCAAGUUAGAUAAAACCUGUAUAACGACAACUAUGAAAAUCUCAGCAGUUAAUUCAGUGCUACCUAAAAACAGUGUUUUGGGCGGGGUCCUCAAAACAAAGAAACAGCUGAAGACAGUGAAUCAUUUUGAUCUGCCUAACGGUGUUCUGGCAGACAACCUAGGUGAGGAGCCACUUCCUUCCUUGCGUCGGGGCAGGAAAAGACGCUGUAAGACCAAGCACUUGGAACAAAAUGGCUCCCUUAAGAAACUGCGACAAAGCAGUGGUGAGGUGGGUCUGGCCCCAGCAGACCCAGUACUGCGAGAGAUGGAGCAGAAAUUGCAGCAAGAGGAAGAGGACCGGCAGCUCGCUCUGCACUUGCAGCGCGUGUUUGACAGUGAGAGGCGGACUGUGAGUCGGCGGAAAGGAAGCGUGGAUCAGUACCUCUUGCGGUCCAGUAGCAUGGCUGGGGCCAAGUAGCACCCGCUGAACAGUGUUGCCUAUUUUUCAGAGGUCUUUGGGCUUGAUCAUUUACCCCGAAGAAAUGAGUGUUCUCACUUUGGGUUUCUUUUAAUGGCAAAACACUGUCUAGCAUGAUUCUGAGAGGUCUCGGGCCUUUGUAGUAUAUAUAUCCAAGGGAGCUGCAUCUCUGCCUCCCUGUGACCCAGGCCAGAAGCGCUCCUCACCCCCUAAGUGACCCACCCCUUAGGGCGUCUGGGCCAAAGCUGGCAGCACCUGCUUGGAAUGAGAUUCAGGAGCACAAUGGCCAGGGUUAGAAAUGGUAGAGGAAAAGGGGAUACCUUCUCAAACUGAUAGACCUCCUGACUUCUUUCAACAGGUGUUGUUUUAUAUCAGCCGUGCAGAUAAAAAUUAGUUCCAUCUUUUUUCAAAGAAGUGGAACAGUGUAGUUCUUUGGCAGAUCCAAAAAGAUUAUGUUCCCCCUUCUUACCCUUACCACAAGUAAAUAUUCCUAAUUAAAUCAGUUUUUAUGCUUCUACAAAAGUUAAUUUACAUUCCUUGUUUAAAAAAUAACAUUUGAUUAAUGCUAUAUAGUUGACAGACCACAUUCGUAGUCAUUGUUUAAUUUGGUCUUUUCAGGAGACCUAACAUGUAAGUGGUAUUAGUCCCAUUUUUAGAUGAUGAAACUGCAGUGCAGAUGUUCAGGUUCUCUCAACUACUAAGGGCAUAGCCCAGACUGACUGCUGGGUCUCCCAACAACAAAUCCCAUGGAUUUUCCACACUUAAGAGGUUGCCAUAAUGGACAGCGAUCCAAGGACGUACCAGGGGAGCCUAGAGAAAGCUAGCUGGGCUUUGAAUGUUGAUUGUGCAAAAUCCACAUGCAGAUAUUUGAGAUUGACUGGAAGUGUAAACAUAUACUGUGCAAUUAUCCCCAUCCCUACAGUGUACAGCCUUCUGUUUUCCUGGGGUUCCACUCUUGUUAGAUAAACUACGAUUGGACUUCAUUGCUACUCUCCAUAUGGCCAAGAGUUAUCUGCAGUGUUGAUCUAAAAUCCAAAAAAUUUGCCCAGAAGUCAGGCAAGAACAAUACCGAAACUCCCUACUGUGGAAACAAGGAAUCUAGCUGGAUGCAGCUGGUAAAUUCAGUCCCAUGGACCUUUGGGGUUUAUUUUCCUUAGCAGCUGACACCAUGUGUCUUUUGCAUCUCUGGUGGUGCUUGGUGCUUCUGCCCAUCUGGGCUCAUUGAGAGUAGGGAUUAAGAUACGAUUUUAGGGAAUCUCAGGUGGCCUGGCAUUCCCUGUGCAUGUAUGAGCUGUUACUAUAAAGUCAUGUGACUGGCAUUUUAACAAACCUUUUAGAUCUUAUAUAUCCCAAUGUAUGUUGUUCCCCUCAGGUGGCCUCAGCAGGAUGCUGCAUAGUUUUUCCAAUGAUGUUGCCAUUGGUGAAAACAUCUCUGGAACUGUCCUCAAAGUCUAGAGACAUCUAGACAUCUAAUGUUCGAACUGCAAAGGACGUUAAUGGUCACCUAUUCCAACUUCCUCCUCUUACUAAGGCAGAAGCUAAGAUCCAGAACAACGACUCACUUAUCAAGAUCACAAAGGAUUUACUAUAUCACCUACUUUU